UGACAGGAGGUGAAGAAGGGGUGCAUGAGUUGUAUCUGUCAGGGAUGACAAAACAUGUAAAUGAGAAUUGGUGGCUUAAUGCUUCUUUAAUUGCCUUACUGACUGACAAAGCGUCAAUUGCGGGACAGGGUUUGAAAACCCGCACCUGAUUUUGUUAACAUCUGACUCCCCACCUCCCCACCCUCAGCUCCACAGCCAGCGCGCCUCCUCCUCCCGACCCGCCAAUGGGCAGCACCUAUUAUCAAAAUGAUUAGCCUCUGUUGCAGCACUCCAUUCUCUCGCACCGGCAGUAGGCGGUAUAGCGAAAGAGACGGAUAAAAAUGUGGAGUGAAUCCAGUCUGCUCCGAGGCUGGCGGAUGAGAGCGAGCGGGCUGCCCGUGUGAUGCUGCCCCUGCCCCGCUGCUGCUGCUGCUGCUGCAACACCUCUGGAGGCGAUGCAGGAGAUGCGGUGCAGCAGGCACUAAAGAAGGAAGGCGGUGUAGCCUAUAGGAGGAGGAUACCAGACAGACUACUACAACACCGCCUGAUGGGGAAACGCUGACAGAGAGAGAGAGAGAGAGAGAGCAGACACAGAGAGGAGAGAGAGAGAGAGAAACAGCGCAUGGUGGAGAAGCUGAGGAGAAGAACCGACGGGGAUUAGGUGAUUGAACCCAGUCUCAACACCGCCGACGGAGACCCCCAGCCUCCAAUCGCUGCUUGGGGAAGAGCAGCCCCAAAACAUACACCAUGGUGGGGAUGGAUCUGCAUUCAGCUCUGAACGACAAAAUGGGCACAGUUUCAGUCAUGGCAAGGCUUGUGCUUUCCCUCCUGCUCCUGUGUGGAUGGCAAAAUAGCGUCUGCCUGUCCUCCUCAGAGGCUCAGAAGGAGGCAGUCACCAACGACAACAGCACGGUUUUCACCCAGAUCCUGGACGGGCUCCUUGAGGGUUAUGACAACAGGCUGCGGCCAGGGCUUGGAGAGAACGUCACAGAGAUCAAGACGAAUAUAUUCGUCACCAGCUUCGGCCCGGUGUCUGACACAGAGAUGGAAUACACAAUUGAUGUCUUCUUCCGUCAGAGCUGGAAGGACGAGCGUCUGUGCUUCAAAGGGCCCAUGGAGAUGCUGCCGUUAAACAACCUGCUGGCCAGCAACAUCUGGACCCCGGAUACCUUCUUCCUUAACGGCAAGAAGUCUAUCGCUCAUAACAUGACCACGCCCAACAAGCUGCUGAGGCUGCAGGAUGACGGCACUUUGCUCUACACUAUGAGACUGACCAUAUCAGCAGAAUGCCCCAUGCAGCUGGAGGAUUUCCCCAUGGAUGCACACGCCUGCCCGCUCAAGUUUGGCAGCUACGCCUAUCCAGUGUCAGAGGUCGUCUACACUUGGACCCAGGGAGCUGAUAAGUCUGUGGAGGUGGCAGGGGACGGCUCCAGACUCAACCAGUACCAUCUUAUCGGGCAAACUGCCGGCACUGAGAACAUACACACAAGCAGAGGACAGUACACUGUGAUGAUGGUUCACUUCUACCUGAAGAGGAAGAUUGGAUAUUUUGUCAUCCAGACGUAUAUGCCCUGUUUCAUGACCGUAAUCCUGUCCCAGGUGUCGUUUUGGCUAAACAGAGAAUCAGUUCCUGCGAGGACCGUCUUUGGGGUGACCACUGUGCUGACCAUGACUACCCUCAGCAUCAGCGCCAGGAACUCACUCCCCAAAGUGGCCUACGCUACAGCUAUGGAUUGGUUCAUCGCCGUCUGCUACGCGUUCGUCUUUUCUGCCCUCAUCGAGUUCGCCACAGUGAACUACUUCACCAAAAGGAGCUGGGCCUGGGAUGGCAAGAAGGCUCUCGAGGCACAGCACCCUAAGAAACGAGACCCCAUGGUGCUGUCGAAGAAGCCCAACAACGUCUGCUCAGCGGGCGUCAACUACACCCCCAACCUCACCAAGGACGUGUCCAUCUCCACCAUCUCCAACACGACGUCGGUGCAGCUCCGGGCCGCAGAGACCAAGAUGGUGGACCCCAAGAAGACCUACAACAGCGUCAGCAAGAUCGACAAGAUGUCGCGGAUAGUGUUCCCCGUCCUGUUUGGAACCUUCAACCUCGUCUACUGGGCCACGUACCUGAACAGAGAACCGGUGGUGAAAGGAGUGGUCAGCUCAACGUAAUCUUUCUCCUUUUUUUUUUCCUGAGACAGAGAGUUCGUAUUAGGGGAUUAAGUUUGUUCUAAUUUGAAAGUGGGUGGACUUAAAAGAAAAGGGGUUGUUGUAAGGUCGUUGCCCAAGACAAAAAAAAACAAAAAACAAAAAACAAAUAUCUGCGCUUGAAGAACAAAAACAAACUAUACUCAGCUAUCUAAUUCAAGCACUUUGAAUGGAUGCAAGGCUGCAACAGAAUCCCUUUCCUGUUUUUAUGGCCUAAAAAACUGCUCGAUCACACAGAAACUUGCUUCUAAGACCUCGAGGGAGCGGGUGCUUUGCUUCUUUCUCAUCUAUCCUGCUGCAGUUUGCAUGACGCUCUCCUCAAAAGGACUCCUCUUUGUCUUGAAUACCGACCAUAUAUAUGUCAAUCACUGCUUAAGGUAUGGGAGCACACUCCAUGGCGACUACUUGAGGUUUUAAAUAAACUAAUGUAGGCAUUUUGAGCAGUUUUCCUAAAUUUACUCUUAUCAUGGAGGCUUGAAAUGCACUGAGCUUAUGCUGUGGAAAAAAACCCUGCAAUAUAACAUGCAUUUGAAAAAUUGAUUUAAAAAAUGUACUUAAUUCCACACUGUAUGGAAGAAACAUCUCUUGAGAUUAAUGCUGCAAGUGCAUUAAUAAUUUAGUUUUCUGUCUCUUUUUUAAAAAAGAACCUUUGCCAUUUUUUUCUCCUAUUGCAGUGGGUGCUUGUGUGUCUCUUUGUACAUCUUUACUUGAAGAUUCAAAGCCCUUUGCUGCAGGCCUGGUUUCCCAAAAGCACUGGCAGACAGAGUCUCAGUGGAAGAUGACGAGUGCUACCUAAAGGUGAAAAAAAAAGUAUUUGAAAGAUUAUCAUUGCAGAGUUUUUACAUUAAGAGAUGCUUUUUCAUUCAUAAAAAAAUAAAAAGUCAUCAUUUUGGGCAGCUUGCCAACAAGAAAAAAAAAACGUCUUUGGCCCACUUACACUGGGUGAGUGGACAGCUGUGGAUGGGGUGUUCAGGACAAAUUUAGGAUACGUGCUUUAACUGAAUUUUGAGCACAGGUCACUCAGCUAGGAAACUAAUAUUCACAGCCGAGAGACUGCUGCUCGAAACGCAGAGUGUGUGACAUACAAAUCAGCAGAGUGAGAGUUUGGAGACUGUCAUAGGGGUGCAGACCUCUAUUUAGGCAAGCAUGCUUCUUACUGAUACUUGGGCAAAACACUGCAACACCACCAGCUCCAGGGGUCAGUGUCACAAAGACAGGAUGUGACGUAGAUCAAAAUAACAGUAAGACAGCUGCCGAAGUCUUUACAGAUUAGUCCUAUGUAACUGUGGUAUUUUUCAACCUGGACCAUUUUCUCAUGUGUUUGUGAUUAAUAGGAACGACUUUUUUGAAAUUUGUCCAGUAUUGAGUGAGAUUGCUGCUGCGAAACAGUCUGCAAUGUAACCACAUGGAGCGUGUUCACACCAUUAGUUUAAGUCCACUAAAAGUGCUUGUUUUUGUCACUAACAGGCUCAGAUUGUUAUUUCAAUUGUCUGACAGCAUUAUGGAAAGGAUCUCUAAAGAGACAGACCUUUUGGUUUAAGAGUAAAGGGUAUACUUAUGCAGUGGUGUGUCUGUGUCACUCUGCAGUUACACCUCCAAAACACUAGUUGGCGGCGGA